AUGAUGCGCCCGGAUCCUGUGUACAAUCUAUCCUCUCCAGACAAGAAGAAGCGCAUCCAGUGGAUCAAGACCACCCUUUCGAAAGUUUCAAACAUUACGUUCUGGAAGGAGGCUCAGGAAUCAAGGAUGGAUAAAGCACAGUCGGAUGAAGCAGCGCCAUCUCACGAAGGCCAGCAACAAGAUCCUGCUGUGCGAGUCGCAAUCUGUGGAGCAGGGAUAGCCGGAGUCGCGCUGGCAGCGUUUUUAUCGAAAGCAGAAAACAUAGCUGUAGACCUCUACGAAAGCAAAGCUGAGCUUCGAGCGCAAGGCGCCGCCAUCAGCUUUUGGAAAUCAUACCACACCAUGCUUGAAAAAGAGCUUGACUUUUCAGGCGCAUAUGCCAUUGCGAGUGGCCAAGGCAAUAUCAUUGACAUCACAAUCAAUAUCUUCAACGCUAGCAACACGACAGAUUCAAGCAAGUUGAUCCUCAGCACGCCCCACAGCUUCAAAAUCUGUACCCGGCCUAACGUUCUCCAUGCGCUACUGUCAAAGAUCGACCCCAAGAAAUGCCAGACCUACACGAGUCACCAUCUACAGGACUAUGUCGUCAAGGAGUCAGGACGUUUAGAGCUCUGCUUCACCAAUGGCAAAACAGCAUCUUGCGACAUUCUCAUCGGAGCAGACGGCGUCCAUUCUACAGUACGCCGCUUGAUGUACGCAGACCAACCUUUGCACGCACACUCACAUUUCAGCGGUACCUAUGUCUACCGCGUGAUAUUUGACGCCGAUCAAUUUCAGCAGAAGUAUCCUGAUCACCCAAUUUUAGGUGGCUUCAAGAUUUGGGCCGCCAAAAGCACACAUCUCAUCACGGCUCACAUUGCCACGAGGCUGUUCGUUUCUCUCUACGCCCACGACCGCGAUAGCGCCGCUCAUCAGGACGAGAAGGAGGUUUGUUCAGUCUCACUCCUGACGUUUCACGCCCUCCUCGCUCCGUUCAACUCCGACCUUACCUCUCUUAUCAACAUGUCCCCUCUGCCUGAUGAGGCCGGAAAUGUGGUCAGUCGCUGGGCUGUCCGAACCAUCCCACCUCUCCCUUCAUACGUGUCUUUCCCAGCCGCAGCACCACCUGCAACUCCAUCCAAAGCUCCUAGCCCAAAGUUGAGUGCAAACGCCAUCUCUGCAGGCGUGGCAUCUGUGAGCGAUACAACUCCUCUGAUCAACCCCCUUCUGGCGAAAAUAAGACUUCUGAUAUUACCACCACUACUGUAUCUAAAAACGGUACCGAUUACAGCAACCAGAGCAUUACCAAGGAGUCUACAGCAAGAGCCAAUAUCGCCCUGA